AUGUCUCGUGCUUCCACCGCCCCCUCUUCGCCUGAAAUCCACCCCGUCUUCGAGCGUCUCUCCAUGGCUCCUCGUUCCGGAUCUGGCGCUACCACGCCCGAGCAGACUGCUGCUCUCCCCCCGUCGCCCCUGCCGUCUGGCAAGCACCGUGUCUGUGUCAUCGGCUCUGGCUCGUGGGGUACGGCUCUCGCCAAGAUCGCCGCUGAGAACGUUGCCCGCCGCAAGGCCGACUUCGAGCCUCAGGUGAACAUGUGGGUCCGCGAGAAGCUUGUCGGCGGCAAGUCUCUCAUCGACACCAUCAACACGACCCACCGCAACCAGCGCUACCUCCCCGACGUCGACCUUCCGGAGAACCUCGUCGCGGUCCCGAAGCUGAAGGACGUCGUUGCUGGAUCCGACCUCAUCGUUCUCGUUACUCCCCACCAGUUCCUCCACACCGUUCUCGCUGAGCUCAAGCGCUCCAAGGCUAUCGCGCCUGGUGCCCGCUGCGUCUCGGCGAUCAAGGGUGUCGAGGUCAACGGCACUGAGAUCGAGACCUUCGCCUCGCUCAUCGAGCGUGAGCUCGGAACCCCCUGCUCUGCCCUCUCGGGUGCCAACAUCGCCCUUGAGGUCGCCCUCGGCCAGUUCUGCGAGACCACCAUCGGCUGCCCGUCUGCCGUCGACGCCGCCCUCUGGGAGGCUGUCUUCGACAACGCCGACUUCCGUGUCAACUGUGUCGAGGAUGUCAACGGUGUUUCCCUCGGUGGAGCUCUCAAGAACGUCGUCGCCCUCGCUGCUGGUAUGGUUGACGGUCUCCGCCUCGGUGGCAACACCAAGGCUGCCAUCCUCCGUAUCGGCCUCGGCGAGAUGACCCGCUUCACCCAGGAGUUCUUCCCCGGCGUUCAGCACACCACCUUCUCCAACGAGUCUGCUGGUAUUGCCGACCUCAUCACGACGUGCUACGGCGGCCGCAACCGCAAGUGUGCCGAGGAGUUCGUCAAGUCUGGCGACAGCUUUGAGAAGAUCGAGCGCCGCCUCCUCAACGGUCAGAAGCUCCAGGGCACUACCACCGCCGAGGAGGUCAACCGCUUCCUCGAGGCUCGUGGCCGCACCGAGGCCUACCCGCUUUUCGAGAAGGUCUACCGCAUCGCGUUCGAGGGCCUCCCGCCCCAGGAGCUCGUCAAGGGUCUCUAA